AGAAGGCAGGGCAUAGAUGUACCACUCCCUAUGUUUCGGCCUUAUCACUGAAUUUUGGAAUACAUUUUCGUGGAGAAAUCUUCGAUUAUUCGCAUGAAUUUGGCCGGUAUAUUACUAGGGAAGCUACGGUGUAUAUAAAAACUAUAUACAGGUCCAGGUUGGUUUUAUCCCAAGGCCAUCCUGUUGAUCAUUUCUUUUUUUAUUAGGUUCAUAUUUUAUUUAGGUAACAAUGGCGACUGAAUUAGAACAUCUACGGCAUGAAGGGGAGACCUUAAAAAACCAAAUCAGGGAUGCCAGGAAGGCUGUACAAGAUACCACAUUGAUGCAAGUCACACAGAAUAUGGAUCCAGUUGGAAGAAUUCAAAUGAGAACUCGUCGCACACUUCGGGGUCAUUUGGCAAAAAUAUACGCCAUGCAUUGGGGUACAGAUUCAAGUGCAAGCAGAAACCUAGUGAGUGCGUCACAGGAUGGCAAAUUGAUAGUCUGGGAUUCAUACACAACUAAUAAGGUGCAUGCAAUUCCAUUGCGGUCCAGCUGGGUGAUGACCUGUGCCUAUGCUCCUACCGGUAGUUUUGUGGCCUGUGGAGGUCUCGACAACAUAUGUUCAAUCUAUAGCCUCAAGACCAGAGAAGGCAAUGUUCGUGUAAGCAGAGAACUCCCAGGACAUACCGGUUACCUAUCAUGCUGCCGAUUUAUCGAUGACAAUCAAAUAGUAACUAGUUCAGGAGAUAUGUCAUGUGGCCUUUGGGACAUAGAAACCGGACAACAGACCACAGGCUUCACGGGCCACACAGGUGAUGUAAUGAGCCUCUCCCUCUCGCCAGACAACCGGACCUUCGUCUCCGGAGCCUGCGACGCCUCAGCCAAACUCUGGGACAUCCGGGAAGGCAUGUGCAAACAAACAUUCACAGGCCACGAGUCAGAUAUCAACGCUGUAACAUUUUUCCCUAAUGGAUAUGCAUUUGCCACUGGGUCAGACGAUGCGACCUGCCGCCUAUUUGACAUCCGCGCUGACCAAGAACUCAUACUCUACUCACAUGACAACAUCAUCUGCGGAAUUACGUCGGUGGCAUUCUCAAAGAGCGGCAGGCUGCUGCUAGCUGGAUAUGAUGACUUUAAUUGCAAUGUGUGGGACUCCAUGAAGGGCGAACGAGCUGGUGUACUGGCUGGCCACGACAACAGAGUGAGUUGCUUGGGAGUGACAGAAGACGGUAUGGCAGUAGCGACAGGAUCUUGGGACAGUUUCCUCAAGGUCUGGAACUGAGGAUGGAUCAGUGGUGGGCGAGCCACCAUCACUUUAGAAAACCCUAGCAGAGUUUGUGAGAAUAUUAAACAAAGAAACACUUUUUAAAAGACAUGUGGAAUGCUAUGUAUCACCACCACCUUCAACAAAACAAAAAAAUUAAUCUCCAGCAGGCAUCUUUAAGAAAAGUUUGAAUCACUUACUUAUACACGUAGCGUUAAACGAGACUCUGAAAAUGGAAAAGAAUUCACCAUGUAAUCUUGAUUUAAUAAUUAUUCAUAUUCUUGAUGAGUGUUUAUGUGAGAGAGAGGUUUAAAAACUAGACAUUCUCUGCAAAAGUUGCAUCAUGUUUUUUCAAGAUUUUAAACCAUUUUUUUUUCCUUUCUUUUUGUUAGUUUGUUUUCAAAAUAAUGUAGUAGUGUAGAGACAUGUUACAUGUGACGUCAGCUUACGAAAAAAAACUAUACCGGUGACGGAUGUCUGUGUUCUCACCAUGGCAGCUAGUUGGUAGCACGUGUCGAUUUUGACGCGGUGUGUGAUUCUUCUGUGGACUAGCUUUUUGCUACGAACAGGGGCCCCAACCGAUUAUAAUUCUCUUUGUGAUUAAUUAGAUGUGAACGAACGGGGUGGGUUUUAUUAUGCUCUGGAAGGAUAAAAACGUUAAAAAACAUGAAAAACAAGUGGGUGUGUUGUAUGGCAAAAACGUAGAUGUGGAUAAUAUAUCUCUUUCUUAUUUGUGUGCGUGUGUGCGCGUGCGUAAUAUCAAUUGUGAGUAUGAGUGCGAGUUAUAAAUGAUGGAAAAAAAGCCUCUUGUUCAUAUUAUCAUUUCCCAUCCUGCCACUGAAUUUCUCUCGGUUCUGUUGUCUUCAUUCACCCUCUUUUUUUGUAUAAAGAAAAACCCACUAACUUUAUGAUGUACUGUUGGUUAGCUUAUCAGCUGUAUCUAAAAAAAUUAUUGAAGAAAAAAAAAAUACAAAAAAAAUACAAAAAAAAAACUCUUUGAGGCAUGGACUUUUGUCUUAAACGUGUAACAUCUUUUUAAAGAGAUGCCUAGUCCUCGUCCAUCCUGUGUAUAGACAGUGUAUAUUCUGACCUGUUACAAGUGAAUAUUUAAAUUCUUACAAUGAUUAAGAGGAGAAAAAAAACUGUAUGUGCCUAAUUCGUGCACAUGUCAGUACUGCAAAGUAGAGUAGUUCAUAAAUUGAAUGUUAAAAAAAAAAUAUCGAAUGUUUGUCAGCUGCUGGUUAUACAUUCAGCCGAGUAGCAGUCAUUUCUAUGUUUGUCUCUUGCUAUUGAUAUUGCCUCCAAACGUUAUACAAACAAAACGUCGUAGAUCGUUUCAGCACGUUUUCGUUUUGUUUUAAUUUUCCUUUUUUUUUUUUUUUCAAUUUCUCUAGCAUAUGUAGCAUGCACACCAACCAUUUUUCAAUGAAUUGUACUGCAUAGCCAAAGUGCUAUGUGAACAUGUUUGUAUAGACCACCUAAUACCACCUAGAUAUAGUCUUUGUAUGUGAAACGGUGAACUUUCUUUUCCAUUUUUGGAACGUGUUUAAAUUGAAAUGCAAAUUCAUACAACCUUCUAGGUGGCGUUGUCUACAGAAGUUUCGUGCUCAUAUAUAUAUUUUUUUUCUCUCUCUUUGGUUUCAGUUUUAUAUUUGUGUAUGGAAUAGUGCAAUGAUUUGGGGUCCAACGUCGACAACAGAAGUGUACGAAGGGAAAAAAAAUGCCAAACUAAGUUGGAACUCAUUAAGUUGUUACACAUGUACAAGUCGAAAGAGGAAGUGCUCAAAUUGGCACCUUCUUCCUCGCAAACAAACUACAACCCAUUUUUUUCCUUGUGUAUAUAUAUAUAUUAGCUCGUGUGUCUUUUGCUUGACUAGUUUUUUUUUAAAAACAAAAGCACAUGUCCUUUGCACAUAUGCAGACUUGUAUUAGAAAUGGAAGAAUUGGCUACCACAAUGGCAUGAUGGAUGUAAUAGGCAUUGGGUGCUUGGGAGUAAGGCGUUGGGAGGUUUUCUUGAUUCUCUUUACCUGUACAUGCUAAGAUCCAAAGCAUUAAAGAUCUAGGGCUGAGAUAAGUUAAUUCAUGCCGAAUUACACGUCUUUGUUUAUCAGGAGGUACUGAAGGUUAUUCCUGUGCGUACCUAAAAUUAGGAUAUUUGAAAAAUCGGCAGAGGAGUUGUUCUGCCAUAUUUGUUUUUUGUAAAAAACUGUAGUCGAAAGCUAUGCUCAGAUCCAGCAUGUUAAGUACGGUUGAACAGUGUGGAGAUUAACAUGCCCAAGUGAAUCUGGGAGUCAUUAACAAGGUAUGUGCGAGUGUGCAAGUGUUGGGGGCGUUUAUGCAAUACGAGCCUGUUCACAAUGCCCAACUACCCAAACAAUACAGAUUGUGUUGAUGAUGAACAUGCAGGCAUCUUAUCUAUUCAUACUGCUUCGGUCAACUGCACAUGACUGUGAUGCCACAAGUUAGAAAUCUAUGAACAGUGUUAACGUUCUUUGACGUUUCUAGCUUUCUGUGUGUGGUCACGCAUGUGCAGGUCAUUUGCUCUGAUAGGUUGGGCAGUGUGAACUGGGCCGAGGAACGUUGCACUGAAUCAGAUCCAGCGUGUUGUGCUCCACCCUAUAAAAGCGUCUUCAUAUGGUAACAAUGUAUUGGAGAUGUACUACUAACUCCUAUUGGCAGCUGCAUGUCUCUCUUGUCAUCCACUACUUGUAAUGUUCUCUUUUUUAUGUUUUCAUUUACACAAGCAAUUACACAACAAAAAUUUCUUUUUUUUCAACAUUUAUUUUUAUUUUUAUUUUUUAAAUACAUGUAUAAGCAUCUCUUUGUGUGUUGUUGUAAUUUGUAGAUUUGCUGAUGCACAAAUAUGACCUUUUUUCGGUUUAAGGAAUAAGAAAUUGCCGCUGGCUAAAUAAUGGAUGUAUAAUUGAUUGUUGCUUCUCUUGAGGGUGGUGUUUAUCUAACAUUCUGUGGAAGAAAAGUGUGUUUACUUGAUUUAAAAAAAAAAAUAAAGAUAGAGUUAGCAUAAGUCAUAUCGAAACGGUUUUCUGGACGUGCUUAGUAAUUUAUUGAAUACAUUCAGAUUCUUUUUUUUCCCUUUCUUAUGUGUCCCGUGCCCCCUUGCCUCCCGAUGGCAUUACAAUGCAUUCUAGCUGGGCUGUAAAGCUAUGUAACUAAUUCAGAAGAAGAAAACAAAAACAUUUGAUGUGAUCAUUGCAUUUGAAUUACUUUUUACAACUUGUUUGAUGAAGUCGAUCUCAAAUUUCCGAAGAGCAAUCUUUUUUGCAAAUUGUUGAAUUUUUUCUUGUGUGAAGUAUUCAGAUGCUCUCACCGGGGAUAGAUAGAAAUCGUGUCUGUUAAAACUGAGAACUGAGAAUCAUGUUCUUCAUCUUGUUUGUAUAAAUAUGGACGUUUGACUCGGCAGAAUAAAUGAAGUGUGUUCUGAUAUUAUGUAGAAUUCAAGAUUUUGUAUGAGUAAAUGGUAAAUAAAUGAAAUAGAUGUAAUAUGGCUUCUGUCAAUAUUAUAUUUUACUUGAAUUUCUCCUCUGCACCUUAAAAUUUAGGAAUUGAAUAUAUUCUGGUUUUUUAAAAAGAUGAAUAAGAAAGUAAACUGUAUCUUGUUUGAUUGAUUGAAAAUUGAAAAAAGGGAAUAUCUGCCCCUCUCCUUUUACAUGGUAAAGUAAUGUCCAUCUCAUGAGUGUUGAAAUCCAGUUGACCAAAAUUUGUAUUUAUUGUGUUCAAAAGAAGAAAUGGUAUCUUUUUAUGUACAAAAGUAGGAUUGAUUAUUCUUAAUUUAUUUAUUUUUGUUUGUAGGUGUACUUUUGAUGUGUUUUUAGUGUUACAUGCAAAGAGAACGCAAUUUGGAAAAUGAUGCAGAUCAGAUCAUGGGAGAUUUAAAAACAAAAUCUUUAAAUAACUCAAUUUGAAUUCUGACCGACUGUUCUCGUGAUAGUCGCAAUUGAAUUCCAAUAUGCCUUUUAUAGAUCAAAUUUGAGAAAGAUCGGAUGUGGCAGACACUGCAAAUAUCAUGUGAAGUUUUUCUUUCACCUGUAUGAAUGUUUGUCUGAGCUUAUAAUGUACUCACUAUCCGCUUACAUUAGCUCAAUUAGCUGCACACAUUUGAAAAUACUGCAGAUUGUUACUUUGCAUAUUUUACUUAUCAGGAUGAAGAUAUCGUAGCUGUUGACCCAACACUGUCGGCAUUUCAUUAACAAAAUUAAUAUUGAUGGCACUCGUUCCAUUUUAAACAAAUUUAUUGUUAUUAUCUUUAUUAUUACUAUUAUUUUGUAUUUGCCUUCGUCCUCAUAAAGAUUCUGUUUGUUUUUACUUUGAAGUUAACCCUUGUGUAUUGAUAAUUGUCAAAAAGAAGAAAAGAGAAUUAAAAAAGUAUAAUAUAUUUGUACAGUUGUUUGCUAUAUAGGUACUAUACGACCUUGGGGGUUUUCCAUUCCUUUUUCAUUGUAUACUCGGCUAGGAAUGUACAGUUUUUUCUUGCUAAUGUAUACCAUUUUUGCCAACAAAAACUAUAGAAAAAAAUACAAAAAAAAUAUGAGAGAGAAUGUUGGCUACUUAGCUAAUCAUUGUAGUUUGCUAGAUUUGUUGUUAUAUUUGAGCACAGAUAAGCUGGAGAAGAUGAAUUUUGACAAACAAAAAAAGAGAAAAUGUAAUUUCAAUUUUUUUUUCUUGUAUUGGUAGCAAUUUACAAUGUAUGGUGUAAAAAACAUCAGGCCUUUACUGAUCUGUACGCAGGAACGGGGUUGCGAAAAUGCACGCUUCCCGGGUUCCGACGUGGAUUCUUAAGCGGCACUUUUUAAUAUAAAUCACUGGAGCUCCGGCUCCGCACGUAGGAAUCGCCAUGACAGCGUAAAUACAUGGCAAGAUUUUGAUCUUUCUAGUCGUAUAUGUAGAGAAACGUGGGACAUUUUUUAAUAUUAUUAUUGUAUAAUUAGCCUAUUGUAAAGUUAUUGAAUUAUGUCAAAUAAGUGACGCUUGUUGCUCUUGCAAAGCAACGGUCAAAAGGUGUGGCUCACAAUGCUCUCUUUACACAGAAAAAAAAAAUUCAUUGGUGUAUGUGUUGGAAUGAUGCCAAUCAGAGAAGUUUUUCAAGUCGAGUCGAAACUUAUCCUUAAAAAAAAAAGAAAUCAUGACGGCAAAGAGGGAAGGAGGAAACCUGCUCAUUUUUGUAGUGACGUGAGCGAAAUAAAACCAGCAUUUGAGCUCUGUAAACUAAAAAAAAUCUUGAUUGAGAUUAAGGAUGAGAGGGGACAUGAUUUGAGUAGGUAGAAUAACGAUUACUAUUCAAGCGUCUUAUUUGUUUGCAGCCUGAUGUGUGAAAGUAGUGAAUGUGUUUUGUGUAUUAAAAAAAAACUGUUUGUUGGUCAUACUUGUAUAUUGUACCCCCUCAUUUCUGUAACUGUAAGAUUGUGGGUUGAGCAUAUUGAAUAAACCUGUUGUCUUUAUCAUA